AUGGACGAGAGCUCAUGCGAAGCGCCAGAAAGAGCCAGUACUCAGCAUCUGAGCAUAUUGUGGGCUGGCCUGAAUGCCCACUCGCAAUUGCAGACUGAUCCUACGACCGAUGUCCGGAGCUUCGCGCACCUCUCAGUGGCCACAGGCCAACACGAUGACCUCGACAUCCUAUUCGCUGGCUGGAGCUCUACUGUGUUACGCAGUCGGGAGAAAGUCUGGAGUCUGGGAUACCAAAACCUAGCCAGCACCAUUGAAGCCAGCCCAAGGUCCGCCUUUGGCGACCACGAUGGCCUGAUAGGCUUCCUCGACGACGAUGGAGGUCUCGUUCUGGUUGUGAAUGCCGCGCAGAAUCCGGAAAGCUCCGCUAUGAGCCUUGCUACCAAAACCACCGACUCGUCACCGAGGCUCAGCCAUAUCGCCUUGGCAGUUCUCGAGUUCGAGAACUUGGUCAAGUUCCUUGCCUGGUACCAUGAUCCAUCUGGAGAAGGGAACUACCCGGACAAGCACCAUAUGCUGGAGGGUAGGCCGAAGCAGCUGCUCGCAAACACAGCGACCUUUCUGCUGCUGAUGGAAGACGGCGAGGUGUAUAGUUGGGGUGAUCCACGCUAUCAUCAGUCCCUUGGCCGGGCCACCAUCGAAGAAGACGUCAGCGUCCCGCCGGCAGAUGAGCCAGGCCUGGUGGACGCGAUCGGCGGGUUGAAGAUCGCCAAGAUAGCGAGCGGGGGUUGCAUGAGCGCAGCUCUGUCUGAAGAUAGCGCGCUAUACCUUUGGGGUGCUAGCAAUGCGCCAGGCGCAGAGCAGCGUAUAAAGUGCUUGCGGGAGACCACCUCGGACGACGUGGCGUUGGUCGAGCUUCCUGGCGACGACGACAGCCCGCUGGUCGUUCUUGAUGUGGCGCUUGGCGGUGCGCAUGCCGCAGUCGCUGCUGAGCAUAGUGGCCGCAACCUGCUGUAUGUUGUUGGCGAUAACAAGAACGGUCAGCCGGGCAGGGGAUCUGAAGAAGGCUUUCUCGAGAACUGGAUGCAAGUGGAAGGCAUCAGUGGUGUUCACCGCGAAGUAUGCGGUCCAAGAUCCACCUACGCCUUCAUUUUCAAGCCGUGA